AUGCAAACUCAUAUGAUAACCAAACCUUGCCGAUCCCUUCACCGGACAAUCGGCUUACUUCAGCCUAAAGCUUAUUGUGUUCGUCUAUAUAGUCAAAGCACACAGAAAGCGCAAUCUACGCACGAUCAAUCUGAUGGGAAUAAUAUUAGUGCUACAGUCGACGCUCCUGAUAAACCAGCGUAUAAGUCUGCAACAAGCUUCCCUUGGCUGCUGUCCAAAGAAGAACCGAGAAUCCCUUCAUAUCCAUAUCCAAGCGCUCCAAGCAUGUGGUCACUUUUGAACUAUCUGCCUGCGUUUGCUCAGCGGGAAAUGAGCAAAUACCUUGGCACAAGAAUGCUUCGGCUGAAUACAGGCUUCUCAUAUUUCCCUGAGCAAUUUCUUAUUGGCGCGUCUUUGGCCACUAGAAAGGCUCUUGAAAUUCUUUCCGAGGAUUUGACCAUGGGGAAUAAGGAGUCGUCAGAGAAAUUGGAAUCUACUUUCUCACCAGCUCUAUUGCAAAAGCUGAGAGAUAUACGUAAAGAAAUGGACCCUAACCUCAACAUUGAUAUUUCAAUACCACAAAUUUACGAUGCUACCAUCAAGGACGUUUGGAUUACACUUGGCACUCCCCGCGCGUUUGAUAACAAUCGACAGUUUGAAGUGAUGCAGUGGAUGACGUUAACAGUUGGAGUCAAAGCGGCUAAACAAACUGAAGAGGAAGAAAACUUUUCGGAUUAUAGAGGACGCGUUGCAAAAGGACUAAUGGAUGGUGCUCACUUCAAGGUUGAUGUAGAAAUUGAUGCCGAUGUAGAAUAUACAGUUUCAUCUCCCAAAUUACAGGAAGUCGGCGACGCCGAUAUUUUGAUUCAUGAUCGUGGAAGACGACCGCUUAUCAUAAGCUUUGAAACACCAUACUUUGAGCCAGCUGAUCGUAUGGUCGCUGGUAGAGAUGAAAAUGACGAGCCGAUUAUGGAUUGGAACUGGCGUAUAGCUGAUAUUGACCAAUUAUUAGCAAAAGAAGCUCUAGAACAGGAAUCGUAA